AUGUCCAUGUUGGUACGCCCACCGAAACGAAAGCUCCACGAAGUCGAGACUUUAGAUGAUGGGCCUCGAAAGUAUAGCCCAGGCGUCGUGCCCCCUCACACUAUUCGCCCCUCAUCUCGACCAGCUUCACGUCCAUCGAGUGAACGCACACAAGCAUCCGUAUAUUCGCAUCCACCGUCGCUCAAAGAAUUGAACUCGAACCGCGGAUCUCCGGUACUGUUUGAACAGGGCCAUCUUCAAACCCCACGCACCUUCAACCCGAAGGCAUCUGUCGUGUUGAUCGGAAUCCGUGGCACGGGAAAGUCAAGUCUGGCGGUCAUUCUCGCGGCGACAUCCGGUCGACGAUUGAUCGAUGCAGACCGCUAUUUUCAUCAGACUGUGGGAUGUUCCCGUGCUGAGUUUAAGAAGGAAAAUGAUGGAUCUGUUUACCGACAACAAGAGGCCCGGGUCUUUGAGUCGAUGCUAGCAGACAACCAGGAUGGGUGUGUGAUUGCGUGCGGGGCCGGGUCGAUGGAACGCAGUGGCCAACGACUUCUUAGGGAAUAUGCGCAGACGCAUCCUGUUAUCCACGUUGUUAGAGAUGCAGAGAGCAUCCAGUUAUAUCUCAAAGCGUGGGAUACGCAAAAGGUGCGACAUUUCCUAGAAUUGUCCGGACCGAUAUACCGAGGGUGCUCGAAUCUCGAAUUUUUCAAUCUGUCAGAGGCCAGAAGUGAUAGCGACGUUGCAUCACCGACGUAUCGAACAGAACCUAGGUCACAUACUCCCAUUCCGUUUUUAACGUUGAAACGAGUUCAGCGGGACUUUCUCCGGUUCAUCGCCUUCAUAACCGGGGACAUUGCAGAAGUUAACAGCCAGCAUGCAUCUUUCCCGCUGUCGCUGUUGCCUGUGGAAUCUCGUAUGUACACAUCUGCAGUGUCAGUGCCAUUUUCUAAGGUUUGUGAGAAGGGCAUGGAUAUUGAGCAGCUGGAAUUCACUGCCGAUGCCUUCGAACUGGCAGUCGAUGUAACAGACUCUUCUGGUCAGCCAGGCCUCAGCUCAAGUCUUGCGGACAGUAUUAGUCAGGCGGUAGCAACAAUCCGUCGCAACAUCAUUGUGCCGUUGAUAUACCAUGUGGAAAGCUAUACCACCCCCACAGGACCUCUGUCUCCCAAUCAAGUCCCCGUGAGAUGUACCGAUGAAACGUACCUAAACCUCGUCCGCCAUGGCUUGCGACUCUCCACCGGUUUCCUCACAGUUGACCUCACCCGUGAUGACAAUAUCAUUUCCCAGAUCAUCUCCGCAAGUGGACGAACCAGGAUCAUUGGCCACUUCGAAGCCUUCCAUCCUCUGCCGGGGGUUGGGAUGGCGAUGAUCCGACUAUGCCAACCGGCUGAGACACCCGAAGACAACCUCGCGGUGCAAAGAUUUCGCCAUCGCAUCCAAAGCCUGCCAGUUGCUGGCAUUUCGCUGAUCGCCUAUAACACCGGUCCUCUUGGCCGCAUGUCUCGCUGCUUCAAUCCUAUUCUCUCCCCAGUCACACAUCCGUCCUUGGUAACGGAACUUCCAACUCACCUACGAUCAUAUAUCACAGCCCGAGAAGUGCAGAAGGCGCUCUAUAGCUCAUUUGCCUUGGACCCGAUGCAAUUCUUCGUCUUUGGCGCCAACACCACAUACAGUAUGUCGCCCGCGAUGCACAACACGGCUUUCAAAAUCUGCGGUUUGCCACACAAUUACUCCAUUCACCAAUCACCUACUCUACGGGGGUUAAAUGAACUUGUGGAAAAUCAAUACUUCGGAGGAUCAAGUGUCAGUCUUCCAUACAAAACAGAGUGUAUUCCUCUCCUCCACUCAAUGUCUGCGCAUGCACGAGCUAUCGGUGCCGUCAAUACCCUCAUCCCCAUCCGCAACCUUGAUGACCUGGACGACAACCGUCUUCAAGAAUCUUCAGUCUUUCUCCAAAAGAGCCGUGCUGGCCCUAUCAAGGGACUUCACGGUGAUAACACCGAUUGGAUCGGUAUCUGCAAUUGCAUUCGCCGCGGUCUGUCUCCGGCAAAUGCGAUACGCUCAUCAUCGACAGGUCUUGUCAUCGGAUCUGGUGGAAUGGCCCGUGCUGCAAUUUACUCCAUGAUCCAUCUUGGUGUGCAAAAUAUCUUUGUCUACAACCGUACGAUCGCCAAUGCGGAAAGACUGGCCCACCACUACAACCGGCAAGAUCUACACUCAAAAGAGGCCAGCGGGUCUGGCCGUCCCACAGUUCGCAUUAUUGCUUCAUUAUCUGACCCCUGGCCUGCCGACUUCAAACAGCCGACGAUCGUUGUCUCAGGAAUUCCGGCUCAUAGCAUUGGCGGCGAGCUAGCACCUAAUUUCCAUAUGCCAGCACAAUGGCUAGAGAGCCCGACAGGUGGCGUUGUUGUUGACCUCGCAUACAAGCCCCUCAAUACCCCUCUCAUGAAACAAACACGAGCCCUAUCCCAUCGCGGUUGGGUAGCCCUGGAUGGCCUUGAUGUUCUGCCAGAACAAGGCUUCGCUCAGUUUGAACUGUUCACUGGCCGCCGCGCUCCCAGGCGCGUUAUGCGGAGCAUUGUGCUUCAAGAGUACAAAGACGACGAAGGGAAUAAUGAUCAUGAAGCGAUACGAGACAGGUUACAGCAAAUGGAUGGACAGCCGACUUGA